UGAUUAGAAAAAUUUAGAACAAAAUCAUGCGUAUUGUUCAGACUCGGGAUUCCAGCCUGUGCUUUGACUUUGAAUCCAAAUUUGUACUGUCCGUAAUGAAAAGAAGGAUUGAAAAAAUAAAACCCAGAAAGAGAGUACAGUCGUUGGGACCUUGGAUUCUUACUGAGGAAGAUAAGUUUGAUGGCCUUUUUUUUUUGGGGAGAACUGGAGAAUGCACGGUGGAGUUGAUGCUUUGUGGGCUUGGUCGAUCACUUUUCUUUGUUGAUGUUUUUCUGAUCGCAUUGCCUCUCCUCCAUGAUGCUCCUAUCUUCAGGUGGAAUGAGCUAGCAUGAGAGCAAAGGCCUGGAUUAACCAACAAAUUUUUGGCUUCAAGAGUAAAUUCAGGAAGAUGAUAAAUUGUAUUCGUUCAGGGGAUCAGUUAAGAGUAGAUGAAAUGAUUCACUCAUCAGAUUCUCUGGCAACUCGAGAUUAUUCAGCUAGUGGCUUUUCAUCCCGAACGGGUGAGGUGGAACCAAAGGUGGAUAAUGUCAACAUUGAAGAAGCUGAAUCAUCUCUUCGUGAGAGUGGCUAUCUGAAUUAUGAGGAAGCACGAGCUUUACUAGGAAGGCUGGAGUAUCAAAAGGGAAACAUAGAAGCUGCUCUUCAAGUUUUUGAAGGAAUAGAUAUUGAUGCUGUAAUUUCCAGGAUAAAAUCUUCCAUUUCGACGAGAUAUGAACAAAAUAGACGCCAGUCACAAUGUGAUGCUGUGCCUAAUAUGUCGAUGCAUGCCAUUAGUUUGCUUCUUGAAGCUAUUUUUCUGAAAGCAAAGUCAUUACAAGGUUUAGGAAGGUUUGUAGAGGCGGCCAAAUCAUGCAAACUAAUUCUGGACACUGUGGAAUCUGCUUUACCAGAAGGCUUACCUGAAAACUUUGCUAUUGAUUGUAAAUUGCAAGAGACACUAACGAAGGCUGUUGAAUUACUUCCAGAAUUGUGGAAAUCUGCCGGGUCUCCAGAAGAAUCAAUCUUGUCAUAUAGGCGUGCCCUUCUCUAUCAAUGGAAUCUGGAAAUGGAAACCAGAGCAAAAAUAGAAAAAGAGUGCGCAAUAUUCCUUCUCUAUAGUGGUUGUGAUGCAAGUCCUCCCAAUCUCCGUUCACAGAUGGAAAGCUCAUUCGUGCCAAGAAGUAAUAUGGAAGAGGCCAUUCUUCUUUUAAUGGUUCUGAUGAGAAAAUAUAUACUUGGAUUGAUUGUAUGGGACCCCUCAAUAAUAGAGCAUCUCUCGUUUGCUCUGUCUAUUUCAGGGGAACUUGGUACUUUAGCUAAUGAGGUUGAACAAUUGCCUCCAGGAAUUAUAAGCAGAAAAGAAAAAUACUGCACCUUAGCUCUUUGUUACUAUGGGGAAGGUAAAAGCUUAGUUGCGUUGAAUCUUUUGAAGAACUUCUUGAGUAACAUAGAGAAUGUAGACUGUCUACUGGAAUUGUUGCUGGCUUCAAAGCUCUGUGGGGAAAUGUUGGUCUGUCUUGAUGAGGGGGUGACAUACACAUUGAGAGUGCUUUCGGAGCUGCGUGGUAAAUGCAUUCAGAUGGCUUCGGUGGCUAAUUGUUUACUUGGCGUGCUGUUGUCGGUUAUGUCCAAAUUAGUUGCUUCCGAUUCUCAGAAAGCUCUGAAACAGUCUGAAGCGCUCAAGGCACUACAAACUGCUGAGCAGCUGAUGAGACAAAGAGAUCCAUUCAUUGUUUAUCAUCUUUGUCUUGAAUAUGCUGAACAAAGGAAGCUGGAUAUGGCUCUAUACUAUGCAAAACAGUUAGUGAACCUCGAGGUUGGCUCUAGUCUGAAGUCUUAUUUACUCUUGGCCAGAAUAUUGUCCGCCCAGCAACGAUUUGUUGAUGCAGAGACUGUACUCAAUGCUGCUCUUGAGCAGACAGGGAAGUGGGAACAGGGGGAACUUUUACGAACUAAAGCUAAGCUCCAGAUAGCACAGGGCCAGUUAAAGAAUGGCAUAGAAACAUAUACUCAACUUCUUGCUAUAAUUCAAGUCCAGACCAAAAGUAGUGGCGUUGGAAAGAUGCUUUCAAAGGAUGUGAGAAAAUCUGAGAGAAGUCUGGAAAUUGAUACAUGGCAUGACUUGGCCAAUAUCUACACAAGCUUGUCUCAGUGGCGGGAUGCUGAGAUAUGUCUAUCAAAAUUGCAGAAAAUCAAUCCGUAUUCUGCUUCCAAAUGGCAUUCCACAGGUUUACUCUAUGAAUCCAAGGGUCUUCCAAGAGAUGCUUUGCAAGCAUACAACAAAGCAUUGGACAUUGAUCCCGGCCAUGUUCCCAGCUUGAUAUCCACUGCCUGUCUUCUCCAACAGCUAGGUGGGAGUCAGUCAUUUCCUGUGGUAAGAAGCUUGCUAACCGACGCCCUUCGACUUGAUCGAGCAAACCCUUCUGCUUGGUACAGUCUCGGGCUGCUAUAUAAAGCUGAUGUCAGGGCAUCUGCACUGGAGGUUGCGGAAUGCUUUGAGGCUGCAUCUCUGCUUGAAGAGUCAGCACCGGUUGAACCUUUCAGAUGAUGAACACUGGAUUUCUUUACAUGUAGAGAAGUGGGAAUUUGCUAUCCUAAUUCUAAUGUUGUUCUCAAGAUCUUGCUUGCUGCAUUUUGUUUUUCAGGAUUAGGAACAUUAGUAUUAGAUGAUUGCCACAAAGUAGUGUGUAAAUAACAAAGUCUUCUAGCCAAUCUUCUUUUUUGUGUUCUUUUCAGCAUUAGAAUUUACUAGUUUGAUCUGUAAAGCGAAUUAAU